GUUAUAUUUUCGACCCACGUCCUCACAAGGCUUUCAGGAGCCGGUGUACCGAGGAGUGCGUACUGGUAAACCCUCCUAAAGCUGUCUCUCGCCAACCGCGAUUCAAAUUUCAGUGCCGUACGCGGUUGUCUGCGGCGACGAUCGCAAAGUUAUCCAAGUCUUGAUCCCAUAACCUUACGCUGGAACACAAAUAAGUUCUGCCGGAAAUUUAUUCCUCAAUCAAUCCGCAAACUAUGAGAGGUCUGUCAUCAUAAAACCACCGGAGUGCAGUAAACGCCUGGGAGCAUCACUAUGCUUUGGCAGCGUGGAUCAUGUCUGUUAAUAAUUGGAUUAAUACUCUCUCAGGCCUGGGAUUCGCAAGGAUGUUACAAGCGUUUGGCACAACACGGACAGUUUCCGCUCCUUUACAUCGACGAUUGCGCAUCCAACUACGAUUUAGGACUGCUAGUAGGAUCCACCUUCAGUUCAAUGAUUAAGGAGCGACUACGUGACAGCAUCGCGUUCGAAAAAGUCACGUCCUACUGCGCCACCGCCUGGGGCCGCCAGCUGCUGUCGGGGCUGCAGCCGCUGCACGCCGCCGCCUACCCCGCCUACAUGGCGGAGCUGGCGGGGCUGGCGGCGGGGAGCGAGCUGCCCUUUGAGCAGAUCUUUAUGUUGAACCUGCGUCAGGAGAUCCUGGCAGCAGCGGAGAACCCCGACCUGCGACUCACGCUGCAGCACCGGCUGGAGGAGGCAGCUGCGGCACGAAGCGGCGGCAUGGGUGGCAGCAGCCGCCACAGCAUUAGGGGAGGUGCAGGCGCGCGGUCGGAGGCAGAAGAAGGAUUGCGAUCGGCUCGGAUGCCUGUGGCAGACGGCGCAUGUGGCGACAAUGAUGGUUGCGGCGACAGCGGCAGCGGCGGUGCGGGCAUGGAGGGCGAAAUGAGCAGCAGCAGAGGCGGUGGUGGGCUUGGGGGUAGUGACGACGACAGCACGGAGCAGCAGUGGGUGGACCCGGCUUCCGUGGACGCAUGCAGCGAUGUGGGGG